CAUUCCUUCCCUCUCAAAUUCCUUGUCUGAAGUCCCUAAACCCACGGACAAACAAACCCAACCAAAUCACACUCAUCUCUCAAUCUCGCACACUUCCACAAGCCAAACACCCUCUCGGCCACCCCUCCCCCUCGACAGAAGGCCAACGACCAAAGCCGGUGGAGCUCGACGGUGUACGAACGGUGGAGCGGAGGUGCGGUUAUGGCGGUGGUGAAUCGGAACGAUGUCUCUUCGUCCCGAUUUCCGAUGACGGUGACGAGUUUGGGUGAAGUGAUGACGAAGAUGAUACGAGAAAAUGAAGAAGAAGAUGGCAGGAGAGAGAGCCAGUGUCAGGAACCGCUCCGCAGCUCACGGCGGUGUCUCGGUCCACCGAGUUCACGUCGUUUCCCCUGGUUUCGAAGCUCGCCGGAAUAGCUCAGAAGUACCCGGAGUCCGUAAGCACUGUCGAAGGUGUCAACACCUCUCACCGGAGAAAAAUACACGUCGUCGGAACUUCCAAGCUCAUGCCGGAGAAGAACCACAAUCGCCAGAGUUUCGCCGGAGAAUCGGAAGUCCUUUGACUCGUGUUCGGAUAACCAUUACGUUUGUUCUCUUGGAUUUCUCAAUCCUUACCCGUGCGUUAUUUCAAGGAAUUCUUAUGCGCAACCACUGUUUUGAUGAUGCAAGGAAUCCAGUAGGAAUGCCUAGAAACACAUUUAAAUUUUAAUACUUGUGGCAUGAUAAUUUACCUUCAAACCUGUUGUAUUUUGUUUCCAAUCUUGUAAUAAACCUUUAUCAUGAAAUAAAAUUUAUUUACUUGAAUACUUAUU